CUCUUGCUGCUUACGGUACGUCAUACGCUGGUUGAAGCUCAACUCCGCCAUGAAGCACCCAGCACUCCUUGGGUGAAAUCCGUCGUGUAGUUGGAUACAUUUAGCAACCGAUUAAUUCGAAAGGGCAGUAUGGUUACGGAAAGGAAACAUUUUUCUCUUCAGUUUGUUGCCUAGACUCAUCUGAGCGGGUUGUUGCAAGAUGGCAAACGAUAAUAAAGUGGUGACGAGGAAGAUCCGAUCGGAAUACAUGAAAAAAUUCCGGGAUCCUAAAUGGUCCACAUUUUCCAAAAAUUACGAGGACUCCGUGAAAUACAGAUUGACCCGUCGGGUUAUGGAACAGACGCACAACCCUUUAUACGGAGAUGGCUGGGACAGUGGGUCAGAAUCUAGUGGAAGGUCAAGUCCAAAAGUCAAACAGGGAUUGGACCCUUUAAUAGCCAAGCUUCAGACAUUAUGCGAGUCCAGGAACAAAAACGAAGAUACCGAGGAAUCGGUCGAAACUGUAGUGAAUGGUCACUCAACCGACCCCCCCAGUAAGGAGAUUUCUUCAUGCACGGAGAAUGGGGUUCCAGACGAGACGGACCACCAGACCAGUUCCACAGAGCCUCCGCCGAGGAGACGUGUGCGCCGCCGCACCCCUCGCUCUGAGCCCGGUUACGACGGUGACGUUGACAAGCCCCGGCCCUCCUCAGCACCCAAACCCUCCAGAGCCAAGAGUCAGCCACCAGAGAGGAAGCAGUGCAGUGGAGGAGAACACAGGCCUUCGUACAUGCGCCCGGGCUGGGCUGAGAGACACGUGGAGACCAGGGGGAGGACGUCGAGCAUGCGCGCUUCAGUGUCUGCAGGAGAGAUCCAUCGUUCGGACACAGCCGCCAAACGCCUGGAGGCCCAGAGGUGCAGUAGUGCGCUGGAUCGCCGCAGGGCACGGUCAGCUGACCUGGAGAAAUCCCUCCGCUCCGAGCUGACCGUAGCCGACCGCUGGACGACCGAGUACAUGCGCUGCUUCUCCGCGCGGCUACGGUGAAGUUUGCCCCCGGCGGUGCAGGAUCCCCCUCUUAACCCUGAUCUAGUGAUCCAGUUUCCUCAUUAUCUUAAAAGGGUUCCGAUGUGGAUUUGAGAAGGGAAGGUUGUUAUCAGAUUCACUCUCAGAGGAUGGAUGUCCCUACAGCUGAGGAGGAACAUUGGGAUUAAUCUAACCACACAUUUAGGAUGAACAAAACAAUAUCAUUUGUUUGGCUCAAAUCAAUUCACUUUUUUAAAAAAGAGUGGAGAGCUUUUCACGCCCACUACCAAAGCACUGUCACAACACAACAGUAAUGAAUCUGAAAAUAGAGAUCCGUUUUUCUUCAGUUGUCUUGGUUGCUUUGAUUUUUGUGAGCUUUAUUUUCUUCUUUCUUCUAGGCUUACAUUUCAACAGUGAAACCACACUUAUCUGCAUGUGCUCUGUGAUGUGCAGUACAGUGAUUGAUAGUUUUCUGCCAGAAUGACAGUAUUGACCAAUUUGUUUAAUUUUUAAAUGAAUUCUGAAUGGAUCUGGAUCAAACAUUGUAGAUGAACACUUUUUAAAAGUAUGAACAUAUCUAUAUUUUGUGUAGACUUUGGCUGACCUCUUGAAGAGAAUGUGGGCAUUCCAACAGAUAGUUUCACACUACUACUACCAUAUGAUGUAUUUCAGAUCCCUAAAAGCACUACUUUACCUAUGUGGUCAAUUGACAUGUAAUUCAGGUAAUGUGAGUAUUACUUUUGCAGUUCUGUUUUCCACAGUGGGCAGUCUUUUAUAUGGACCAAACAUGACGCAGCAGAAACAUAGUAUGCAUUCCAGAUGUCAGUAGAUUAGUAGAUUAUGGACCAAAGCCAAGUGAGUUGGUGUUCUGCAUCUAUAUUACUUUGACAUGCAAGCAAUCCAUCAGGAUUAUAGAGGCUCGCUGUGUAAAAUAUAAACAUGUGGUAGGGUAAUUAACAUACUGGGGUACUCCCAAGUUCUAGUCAAAACCACAGUUAACCACCACUGAUAGCAGAUAUUAGCUCCUCACCAAUACUUUCUAACCAUGCAAUAUCAUUGCCUCAGUGCGACAAAUUUAUAAAGCUUCCAUUUGAAAUGUUAGAGUUCACAAAUUCACGAGACUAUCAAGAAAAAGUGCUGUCCAAUUUUUUCUUUCUAAACUUUUAGAUGAUUUUGUUAUUGCAUCACAUUUGCUUGGUAUGUUGACCUGCCCAGCUGUAGACUUCUGUCUGUAACCACGUGUACUUUCACUUUUAGAUUGUAUUAUUAUUAUUACAGAAUGUAUUUCACUCACAUAAGGGUUUUUGCACUUUGUAUCGGCUCAAAUGUGUGAUUUAGUCUCUUUUGGAAGAGAAAUUGAGGGCUGUUUUUCAGGUGUUGUGUCAGUCGUGUAUUAUUAUGAAUUGCUGAGAGUUUGUUGUGAAACGUGUCUGCAUGAGGUGUUCUGGUAUAAUUCUGCAUUUCCAAUUGACCAUGUAAGGAUUAUUUGAAGCAUCUCAGGGGAGCAGAAGAAUACUGCUUCAAGAAUUGAAUGUUAUUGCAUUUGACUAACUCUCCCUGAUCGCAAUGAAAACGCCUUUAAUCAUUAUGGCACGUACAAUCUCAUGUCCUUAUUCUCCAGACCCCCUUCAGUGACAGUUCAGUCAUUGUGAAGAACUGUGAAGAUUAAUGUUUUAUCUGGAGAAUAUACAUGUGUGUAUAUAUACAUUGAGGAGUAAUACCUUUAGUUUUGUUUUGAUAUUUGUGCAAAGCUGAAGGACAUGCAUAAGCUGUACACAUCUGUAAACUAACAUAGAUGGACUAACCAUGACCCUCAAAAGACAAUGUUUACAUUUCUUAUGCUUGUAUUUGUAUUUGAAAAAAAUGCACAAUAAUAUAUUUUCAUCUGGGGUAUAGCACAUAAAUCUACUUUAAUUGCUGUUAAUAAACAUUGUUUGAGUAGCUUUGUGGAAGAUUCA